CUUUCUAGACCCCAGAGCCACAAUUUCCGUCUACUAUGUCGUUCGCUUUCCGUCCAUUACGGCGAUACCAAGACCCUUACUCCCGCCGUCAGGAAGUAUUUGGAGCAGUGCGUGGAUCUCUGCCAGCCGGAUAAGAUACACAUCUGCGAUGGCACUGUGGGCGAGAGCAAGAUGCUGCAAUGCCUCAUGCUGAAGCAGGGCACCAUUGUGCCCCUGCCCAAGUACCAUAACUGCUGGCUGGCGCGCACCAAUCCGGCGGAUGUGGCCCGUGUCGAGUCGCGGACGUUCAUUUGUACGGAACGGAAGGAGCAGGCGAUUCCCGUGACGGAGAAGGCCACACCCAGUGCCCUGGGAAACUGGAUAUCGGAGGGGGACCUGCGAAAGGCCAUUGAUGAGCGGUUCCCGGGAUGCAUGAAGGGACGUACCAUGUAUGUUAUUCCAUUCAGCAUGGGGCCUGUGGGUUCGCCGCUCUCCAAGGUAGGAAUCGAGGUCACCGACUCGCCGUAUGUGGUGGAGUCCAUGAAGGUUAUGACCCGGGCGGGUACACAGGUGCUGGAUCACCUUCAGACCGGCGACGGGCAGUUUGUCAAGUGCCUGCAUUCGGUGGGCACUCCCCAGUCCGGAGUCCACGCCCAACCAUCCUGGCCCUGCGAUCCCGAAAGGACCAUUGUCCUGCACAAGCCCUCCGAUAACGAGAUUGUGUCCUACGGAUCGGGUUACGGGGGCAACUCCCUGCUGGGCAAGAAGUGCUUCGCCCUGAGGAUCGGCAGCACCAUCGCCAAGCGGGAGGGCUGGCUGGCCGAGCACAUGGUCAUCCUGGGCAUCACCAAUCCCAAGGGCAAGAAGAUCUAUCUGACCGCCGCCUUCCCCUCGGCCUGCGGGAAGACCAACCUGGCCAUGAUGAAGCCCAGCCUACCCGGCUACAAGGUGGAGUGUGUGGGCGACGACAUUGCCUGGAUGAAGUUCGACUCGGAGGGAGUCCUUCGGGCCAUCAACCCGGAGUUUGGAUUCUUCGGAGUGGCACCUGGCACCUCAAAGGCCACCAACCCCGUUGCCAUGGACACGAUUUUCCGCAACACGAUCUUCACCAACGUGGCUUCCACCUCGGAUGGGGGCGUGUACUGGGAGGGCAUGGGGGAAGCGAAUGUGAGGGAUGUCACCGUAACAGACUGGCUCGGCAAGCUGUGGUCCAAGGAGUCGGGCCGAAAUGCCGCCCAUGCCAACUCCAGGUUUUGCACGCCCGCUUCCCAGUGUCCCAUAAUCGAUCCCGCCUGGGAGGAUCCGGCCGGAGUGCCCAUCUCGGGCAUGAUUUUCGGAGGACGUCGUCCAGCGGGUGUACCCCUGGUCUUCGAGGCCCGGGACUGGACCCACGGUGUCUUCAUCGGCGCCGCCAUGAGGAGCGAGGCCACUGCCGCCGCGGAGCACAAGGGCAAGGUCAUCAUGCACGACCCCUUCGCGAUGAGGCCGUUCUUUGGCUACAACUUUGGAGACUACCUGAGCCACUGGCUAAGCAUGGAGAAGCGGGGAAAGGUCCCCAAGAUCUUCCACGUCAACUGGUUCCGCAAGAGCGCGGAUGGCCAGUUCCUGUGGCCCGGCUUUGGUGAGAACUCGCGUGUCCUGGACUGGAUCUUCCGGCGGGUGGAGGGCGAGAAAUGCUACGAGGAGUCGGCCAUAGGACGUCUGCCUUCCAAGGACUCCCUCAAUCUGGCGGGUCUCGAUGAGAAAAUCGAUCUCGAGCAGCUGUUCUCGCUGCCUAAGGACUUCUGGAGGCAGGAGGCCGGUGAGAUCGAGAAGUACUUCAAGGAGCAGGUGGGCCAGCACCUGCCCCAAGAGGUGGCCGAGCAACUGGAGGUGCUGAAGGCGCGUGUGGCCGACAUGUGAUCUGUUCCAAUGUGUUCCAUAGGUUACUCCCUAAUCUUAGACCUAAUUGCGUAAAAUAAACCGAAAACGAAUGCGAGAUUUUUAUAGCUGAA